GACAAAUUGGGGAUUUUCUUCUUGUUUGUUUUUCUAUUGAUGAAGAUGAUUCCACUGUUGGUUGUAGCCACCUUCCUCAAGUUCUCUUGGGCAACAGUGAAUGGGCUGCCUUGUGAUCAGAUGCUCCACUCUCAGGAGCCCCCAAUGAAUGCUAACAGAGUGAAGCCUGCCGACAUUGCCGUUUUAGCCUCUAUUGGAGUGCAUACGUACAGCACUGAGUUGUCCACUGCGGCAUCAAGACUUCAAGAACUGAUGAGCAUGUUCAAUCCGGCACUUACUGGUCCUCGUUUGGAAGAAGCGCUCACGAGCGCCCCUCGCUUCGGAAGAGACGGAACGCUGCUGGAGCAAGCACAAGAGGCUUCUCUCUACCUCCAAAGCCAUCCGAAUUCUUGGAAGCUGCUGCUGCUUUUUGUGCAAGUGGACCAGUUCUGUGCCUGCGACCGGCAGGAGGCCGAGGCCGUUAUCAGAUCGACGAGCGGGGAGGUGGACGCUGCUUUACAGCUGCUGCAUGCUCAGCUGAAGCGGACUCUGGUCAGCGUCGCGUUAUGGGCUGGAGAGAGCGACGCUUCCCAAAGCAGUUUCUGCUCGUGCUCGGAACGAAAUCAAGGCGGAGAGGUCAGACUUGUGAAAGCCACGCUGACUCAUGCCUUGCAGGCAUCUUUGAAUGAGCUCCUGAGGACGAGAAACUGGUCCAAAGACGACUUCAGCAUCAUCCUUCAGGACGAACCUCUCGUCGGACACUUUGCUUCCGAUAACACUGGGAAGCCCGCGUCCGGGUCACGAGCGUCACAUGAGACGGAUAAACUGACGGCGCGGUUGUGGAGCAACCUGCUGCAGCCUGCAAGUGACAAACAGGACGCAGACGGCGAUGGGAACAUCCUUGCACUGCAAUGUCCAACCGUGGACCAUCCCUUCCUGAGGACGGAGGGAAACUCUCCCUCAAAUCACGGCAGCGACGCUUCUCCUCUCCCCUCCCGUAACGUCGGCACAGCCAUGCGCUGCGAGGAUAUCGGCCCUUCCGACUCUACGCCCGCCUCUGUGCACGUGCUGAGGCCAGGCGAUAUCAGCGUGGUCGCUGCGGUGGGAGACUCGCUGACUGCAGGGAACGGGAUUGCAUCCAGCCAAACAAACAUUCUGGACGUCCUGACCCAGUACAGAGGUUUAUCUUGGAGUGUCGGCGGAGAUGAAAACCUCACAACUGUAACAACUCUGCCCAAUAUAUUAAAGCAUUUUAAUGCCAACGUGACGGGUUACUCUGUCGGGAGGGGGAAACAACACACGCCUCAGGCUUUUCUCAACCAGGCUGUGGCUGGAGCAAAAAGCAAGGACAUGCCAUCACAGGUGCGCGCCCUUGUGGCGAGGAUGAAGAAUGACUCGAGCAUCGACUUCAAAUCCGACUGGAAAGUGAUCACGGUGUUUAUCGGCGGCAAUGACGUCUGCGACCACUGCUACAAUUCUCUCUUCUACUCGGUGGAAAAUUACGUCAAAAAUGUCAGAGAAAGCCUGGAUUAUCUACACAAAGAGGUGCCCCGAGCGCUCGUCAACUUGAUUGAGCCCCUGCAUAUUAUCCCCUUGAGAGAAAUGCAUUUGGACGCCACGUUGAAAUGCCCCACCUGGCUCGUCAAUAUUUUGUGCCCUUGUGUUAUCUUACCAAAGUCCACCUCGACCUCACUGGAAAAAUUAGAGCAACUAAACCGACAGUAUCAGCUGAUGAUCAACCAACUGGUCGAGUCCAAGCGCUACGACACUCGGCCCGACUUCACUGUGGUCGUCCAGCCUUUUUUCAGAGAAAUCAUCGUUCCCAGACGACCGGACGGCCACCCCGAUCGCUCUUACUUCAGUGCCGACUGUUUCCACCUGGGCCAGAAGGCCCACACUCAGAUGGCUCGCUCCUUGUGGAACAACAUGCUGGAGCCUCUCGGAAACAAAACGUCCAGGCAGGAUUUUGGCAUCGACGUUCAACUGAAAUGCCCCUCAAAGGCGUCCCCGUUCAUCCGGACCUAUCACAACAGCAAUUACACAUACGGUCCUCCUCCACCAAUACCACCGCCAAAUACAAACUGGGGAAGCGACUUCUCUUGCGAGGACCUUGCUCCUUCUCACUCUAUGCCAACAUCGGUUCACGAGCUCAGGCCAGCGGACAUCAAAGUGGUGGCGGCAGUCGGAGACUCCGUUACGGCUGGCACUGGCGCUAAAGCAAAGAAUCUGUUGGAGCUCAGUCGAGAAUAUAAAGGCGUGUCUUGGAGCGUUGGGGGAGACCGCGCUCUGGAAACAGUUACGACUCUACCAAACAUCCUAAGAAAGUUCAACUCGGCUCUGAAGGGCUUCUCGAAAGGUCAAGGGUCAAGACAGAAGGGCUUCAACAUGGCUGCGGGAGGAGCCAAGACCUCGGACAUCCAAAACCAAAUCCAGGCUCUCAUCAAGGCCAUGCGAGAACACAAGGAAGUGAACUUUGACCAGGACUGGAAACUUCUGACAAUAUUUGUCGGGGGAAAUGACCUGUGCCACUACUGCACUGAUCAACGCAAUCUGUCACCCGGUAAUUACAGUCGCAAUCUGAUGCUGGCAUUAGACACACUUUACCAAGAGGUACCCAGGCUGUUGGUCAAUCUCGUGGAGAUCAUGCAGAUCGACACGCUAAAACAAGUCAAGAAAAACACUCUGGGAUGCUCCUUGCUUCAGAGAACGAGCUGUCCAUGUAUUAUCAACCCAACCGAAAACUCGCCAGAGAUGGAGGAAAUGAAACUAAUCAAUCUGGAAUACCAGGCUGAAAUCCAUCAUCUUAUUUCUGGAUCUCGUUAUGACGGGAAAGAAGACUUCGCUGUUGUUCUUCAGCCAUUUUUACACAAUUCCUUCAUCCCUUUUGUGGGCGAAGGGGAGGCGGACACCACAUUCUUCUCCGUGGAUUGUUUUCACAUCAGUGAGCGAGCUCACGCCGAGAUGGCCAUCGCACUGUGGAAUAACAUGGUGCGUAGUCCUCCACUCAUCAAGCUUCCUUUCCAUUAUUUUGUUGUGAAUUCUUUUUUUUUUUUUUUUAAACAGUUGGAGCCCGUAGGCAGGAAACAAGCUUAUAACAACUUCACCUAUGACCGCUCCAAGAUUCACUGUCCGACUGAGGCCAGUCCCUUCAUCUUCACCAAAGUCAACAGUGCGCCUCGUCCGCUUUGGACAACCACGACGGCUACCCCCGCCUUGACGUCACCGAGCAGUACGACUAACGCGUCGGCGCACCCGUGCGCGCCCUCCCAGCCGCUGUGGGUUCCACUGGUCGUGGGAGUCGUUAGUUUACUGGCGGGCAUCGCCGCCGCCUGGUUCGUGUGCUCUUUCGUGCUACAUAAGAGAAGCAAGGGAGAGUUCUCGAGAGAUACGAAAGCAACGGGAUUGUAGUGCGCUUAUCGGGUAUGAGAUUGUCUCCCAUCCAAGCUGGAUGGAACUAGGCAAGAUAUAAAAACGCCAGUUGGUUUUUGUGAAGCCCUCCAAAUUUCAAAUGUAAAAGUUGUGCCUUGGAACACUGUUUUGCCAUACUUUGUCUACAACAUUGUUUUUUUU